GGUAAGAGGUACCUAAUUUUAUCUAAGGGUUUUCUCUUCCGACUUGGCAAACUCAAACUCGAACACAAAUACGAACUGGAACUAGGAAUAGAAUUCGAAUUGGAACUGGAACCACUAUUAUUGUGAUAGUUAUUACCGGUAGCGAGAAGAGCAACAUGGCGCUCCCGUUCCUGCACCCGUCGGAUUUGCUGCCGCCGGGAUUCGUGAUGGCCCGAUGUAAGCCGGAGGACACGAAGGAGAUGACUGAAGUCUUCAUAAACGCCUUCACCCGAAGCCCGGACUUCACAUACUGGUGGUCGCCGUCCCUAGACGUCAUGCGCGCGUGGCACUCCUCCCGGAUCCGGGGGCGCUUCGGGGACGCUCGCACGCAGCAAUUCAAAGUAUCCGCUACCACCGCCACGAGCGGCAGCGCCGUCGUCGCGUUCGCGAAAUGGGACCCGCCCGCGGCGAUGAAGGGGUUGCGAGCAGGGUUUGCGGUUUACGACGAGGAGGAGGGGAAGGAGACGGAGAUGGAGACGAGGGACGAGGAUGGGAAAAUCAUUGCUGGAGAAGAGGGAGGAGGGGUCCCCCAGAAGAAGAAGAAGUUAACGGCGCCCGAAGGCGCGGACGAGGCUCUGUAUGAGGAGUUUUUCGACGGGCUGGAGAGGAUGGGGGAGAAGUGGAGGACGAGCGAGAAGUUGGUCCUCUCCAUAAUCUGCACCGACCCGGCCUACCACGGCCAGGGCAUCGCCGGCGCCUUGCUGCGGCCGGUCCUCGCGCUCGCGGACGAGGAGCGCAUCCCCGCGUACCUCGAGGCCUUGCCCCUAGCCGUGCCGCUGUACCGGCGCCUCGGCUUCCAGCCCGUCGACCGGCUGGAGUACGACUUGACCAAGGCGGGAAGGGACGGGAAGGCGGUGCUGACGAUCAUGCUGCGGGAGCCGCAGUCGGCGGCGGUGUGAGCGGUGAGCGGUGAGAAGAUUCCGAGGAGGUAGCGAGGUACAUAAGGUAGGUAGGUAGCUUACCAAUUUGGCAUUAUACGCAAGGUAAACAAUCGGCACCAAUCGACAUUAAGUUAUUCAUCAUCAUCUUUUUCUUCUGGAUCUCGUUCGGUGUCAUGUGCUGAUUGGUUGGCCAUCCGAGCUUGACCUUGGUUUCGACCCCGGAAGCGCAUAUGUACGUAUGAGAUGUCUGAGGACAAUGCCCCACGGCUCGUCGACGAAAGGAAUUACUUCGUGUGUCGAUGGGAUUGGACAUUGGGUAAUUCCUACUAGUAAUACGCAACUCGACAAACCUGGAACGGGAAACCUUGGCAGGGGAAACUUGUUUUAUAUUACGUUAUGUAGUUUUUACAGUUGCCAUGACUAGGCAGGUACCUACCUUAGAUAUAUACAAGUGCUGGUUUAGCUAUAGGAGGUAUGCAUGCCGGUUGCAUGAAGCUCUCUAUCCUUACUAUAUUUAACCCUAGAUAUAGGUAGGUAUGUAGUAAACAUACUAUACCUACCUACCUAGGUACUUAGUGAAUGCGAAGAGCCUGCCUGCUGU